GCUUGCUGAAUGUGCGCUGUGAGUAUCGCUUAAAUUUGUCAGUUUGCCUUAAACUCUGUUGAUUCCAGCUGAAUAGGGUCUCCAUUAACAGGAUUUUAUACAGUGUAACGAAACUUUCCUGUUCUGAGUAUAGACAGGAACUUCCAUUUGAAAAGGUCCAGAGUAAACUGAAAGCUGGUUAGUAUGGUUCAAAGAUCCUAGGAACUGAAGCUGGAGUGUUUAAUACACGAAACAGACUGCAGGGAGAAAGAAGAGAUGCAGAAUCAAUGUGUUACAAAUGGGAGAACAGAGCAGUGCUGUGGGGAGCACAGACGGAGACUGGAGUUGUUCUGCCAGGAGGAUGAGGCCUUUAUCUGUGUCCUGUGUGUUCCCAGGCAUUCAUGUCACAGUUUUGUGUUCCUGCAUGAGGCAGUCAGUGUGUAUAAGGACAAGCUGAAAACAUCGUUAUCAUCCCUGGAAUUAAAAGUCAGAGAUCUUAACGAUUUACAAACCAAGAAUGAGACAGAAUUCCUGGAGAUACAAGAACAUGCUGUUAAUUUGGAAAAAUACAUUGCAGAAGAGUUUGUAAAAUUGCAUCAGUUUCUCCAUGACAAGGAAGAAAAACUCAUUCAACAACUUAACAGCAAAGUAGAAAUUCUGAAAGAAAAUCUUGAAUGCAUUAAAACUGGUGUUAUGGAAAUCCAUUCAACAGUAUCUGAUACUAACUUGGAAAUCAAAACAGAAGCGGAGGUUCUGGAAGAGAGAAAUGAUAACACAGAUUGUCUGACAACCACUGAGGAGUCGGUGUCGGGUGAUAUCUCAGAACAUAGAACUCCGUUAGCUUUGUGCUUUCCAUCAGCUCCAGAAUCCUUUGAGGAUGUUGCUGUUACUUUCUCAGCAGAGGAGAUGAAGAUGUUAACAAAACAAGACAAGGAGCUUCAUAAGGAAGAGAACUAUGAAACCUUAGUUUCAGCAGGUAAUGGGAGCAGAGAAUGGAGCAUUUUAUGGAGUCCGCAGCCAUCAAUUGGAAUAUCUCUAUUACGCUACCCUGUGGAGAACCUGCAGCACUCUGUUCAAACUCUGAAGGGCUCCGACAAGCAUCCUGUUAUACCUGUAGCACAGCUUCAUACAGGAUACACCUGCAACAUGAACUCUGAAUGUGAGCAAAGUUUGAUACUACAGCCAAUUCCAUUAGUAGACCGGAGAGAUCACAAAGAAAAGAAACCAUAUAAAUGUCCUGAAUGCAAUAAGUGUUUCAUAUUAAAGACUAAUCUAGUAGUACAUGAAAGGACUCACACGGGGGAGAGACCAUAUAAAUGUCCAAAAUGCGCUAAGUGUUUCACAAGAAAGUAUUAUUUAGUAUGCCAUGAAAUGAUUCACACGGGGAAGAGACCAUAUAAAUGUCGGGAAUGCAAUAAGUGUUUCAUAGAAAAGCUUGGUCUAGUAAGACAUGAAACUAUUCAUACGGGGGAGAGACCAUAUAAAUGUCCUAAAUGCAGCAAGUGUUUCAGACUAAAGGGUUAUCUAGUACAACAUGAAAAGAUUCACACUGGGGAAUUGGAAGACCGCCAAAAAAAGAGGAAGUAGAUACAUUUUGGAGAAGUAUCUAUGAAUAUCCUGUGGAACACAACAAAGAAGCAAAAUGGAUAGAAGAAGUAAAAGAAAGAAUAAGCAGUUUAAAGAUACAAGAUAUGAAAUGGGAUGAAGUAACAGCCAGAGAGAUUGAAACAAAGUUAAGACAAGCUUUUAACUGGAAAACCUCAAGCCCAGAUGCAGUACCCAACUUUUAGUUAAAAGUAUUAACAUCUUUGCACAAGGAUUUAGCCAUGAGUAAGAACUAUUUUAUAUGUGCACAAUGCUGUUACUUAAGAGUGAACCUACAAGCUACCUCAAACAUUAUAGACCAAUAACCUGCUUUCUGACAAUGCUGAAUUGA